CCCAUUUCAAACCAAUACAAUCAAUUUCUCUUCCUUUCUCCCCUUUUCCCCUCUCUCUCCACCAAAAUGACGACGAAUCCAUCACCAUCGACCUAAGGCGACGAGAAAACCAAAACAAUACCGUCGCUAAAAAAAUCGUCACUAAAACAUGAGCAAAGAACAGAGCGGCGUAAUCAAGGCAUGGGAAGCCACGAUUCGGAAGACCCAGGCGGCCAAGAAGCGGGCCAACAGCAUCUUCGGCAUCUCCCUGGCCCACAUCCCCGACGACGACCACGCCGCCUCCUCCUCCGCCGCCAGCAACGGCGACGAGGGCAGCAGUAGCAGCGGCGGCGACGAGGGGCCCGGCAGCGCGAACGGCGGCGGAGGAGGAACGGAGUGUUACUACGCGGAGAAGGUGUUGCCCAACGGUGACUACUACUCCGGCCAGUGGUACGACAAUUUCCCCAACGGCCGGGGGAAGUACUUGUGGACCGACGGGUGCAUGUACGUCGGCGAGUGGUAUAAAGGGAAGACGAUGGGCCGCGGCCGGUUCAGCUGGCCGUCGGGGGCGACGUACGAAGGGGAGUUCAAGAGCGGGUAUAUGGACGGCACCGGGACGUAUUCGGCGGCGAACGGAGAUAUUUAUCGUGGGCAAUGGGUCAUGAAUCUCAAGCAUGGGCAUGGGAUCAAGCAUUUUGCUAAUGGAGAUUGGUACGAAGGGGAUUGGCGGCGAGGGUUGCAAGAAGGGCAAGGCAAGUACCAAUGGAAGACCACCAGCAACUACUACGUCGGCGAGUGGAAGAACGGCAACAUCUGCGGCAAAGGCACGUUCAUGUGGGAGAACGGCAACCGCUACGACGGCCAGUGGGAGGACGGCGUCCCAAAGGGCAACGGCACGUUCACUUUCCCGGACGGCAGCUUCUACGUCGGCAACUGGAGCAAAGACCCCACCGAGCAGAACGGGAGCUACUACCCGUCGGCGUCACCCUCCGCGGCGGCGUCCCACUCCGGCAGCCAGCUGGAGUGGGACCCGCAGGACGUGUACAACGUCUACCUGGCCGACGCCCAGGUCUGCCCUUGCGAGAAGGUCGCCGUCCUGCCGUCGCAGAAAAAGCUGGCGGUGUGGAACUCGUCCAAGCACAGCGAGAAGGCCCGCCGGCUGUCCGUCGACGGCAGGGUCAGCGUCGGCGUCGAGAGGGCGUUCGAGAGGAUGAACAUGUGGGACGGCGACGACCAGGGUGCGUCCUCUGCCGCCGCCGCCGGAGCGAGGAGGGAUAUGGAGGCGGAGCUGCUGGGCAUGAUGGAGAUGGAGGAAAGCAAUUUCGCUGCCAGUCUGAAUAAGAUGCUGCCCAUGAGAGUACCCAAAGCUGCUAAGCGGCAGGGUGACGCCAUUUGUAAAGGGCACAAGAACUAUGAGCUCAUGCUCAAUCUACAGCUGGGAAUCAGGCACUCAGUGGGGAGACCAGGUCCAGCAGCAUCCCUUGAUCUGAAGGCAUCAGCUUUCGACCCAAAGGAGAAAGUGUGGACGAGGUUUCCUCCAGAAGGAAGCAAGCACACCCCUCCACACAAUUGUUCAGAGUUCAAAUGGAAAGACUACUGCCCCUUGGUUUUCAGGUCACUUAGGAAGCUGUUUAAGGUUGAUGCAGCUGACUACAUGCUAUCGAUUUGUGGCGAUAAUGCACUUCGCGAGCUCUCGUCGCCAGGGAAGAGUGGCAGCUUCUUCUACCUGACGCACGAUGAUCGCUACAUGAUCAAGACAAUGAAGAAAGCAGAAGUCAAAGUGCUCAUAAGGAUGCUGGCUGCCUAUUACAACCAUGUCAGGGCCUUUGACAACACCUUGGUCAUUAGGUUUUAUGGCCUUCACUGUGUCAAAUUAACUGGGCCUGCACAGAGGAAGGUGAGGUUCAUAAUCAUGGGGAACCUAUUUGUUUCGGAGUAUGCUAUCCACAGACGGUUCGACCUAAAGGGUUCUUCGUUGGGUCGAAUCACAGACAAGCCAGAGUCUGAGAUCGACGCCAACACCAUCCUAAAAGACCUGGACCUCAACUUCAUUUUCAAGCUACAGAAAGCAUGGUUCCAGGAGUUUUGCAGGCAAGUAGAUAGAGACUGCGAGCUUCUUGAGCAGGAGAGGAUUAUGGAUUACAGUCUACUAGUUGGUAUUCACUUUAGAGACGUAGCAUCUAAUCGAGAAAUAAUUCCAACUAAGAGUGAACCCCCUACUCCUGGUAAAAACACACAUUUUUUUACCCUCUCCACUGAGGUUGAAAGAGAAGAAGGCCCUCGACUUUCUAAAGCAGACAUGGAUCAACUUCUACUAGACCCAACCAAAUGGGCACGAAUCAGGCUGGGAAUGAACAUGCCAGCAAGAGUGGAAAGAACAGUGAGAAGAAACGAUUGUGAGCUUCAACUGGUUGGAGAGCCAACCGGGGAGUUCUACGACGUCAUAAUGACGUUCGGAAUCAUCGACAUACUUCAAGACUACGACAUUAGCAAAAAGCUGGAGCAUGCAUACAAGUCUAUCCAGUACGACCCUACUUCGAUCUCAGCUGUGGAUCCUAAGCAGUACUCCAGGAGAUUCAGAGACUUCAUUUUCAGAAUUUUUGCUGAAGAUUCUUAGUUUAAGUUAAAAAAAAAGUUUUCCUUUAACACAACCUCACCCUCCUGCAGGCUCUAACCAAAACAAGCCUGGUCUCAUCAGGCGGGAAAAUUUUCCAAGUUCAAACUAUAUGAUCGUUUUUGGUCCCUAUACCUUUCAAGUUUACAUAUUUGAUCUCAAAUUGGUAAAAGUAGAGAGAGAGAGAGAGAGAGGGAUCCACUCCAAAUUGUUCAAAAAUGUUUGGUAUAGUUAUGCACAUAAAAUAUACAAAGGUUAUAGAUAAGGAUUGUUGUAACUUUUAUGUACCAAUUCUCCCCAACUCUCUACCAUAUACAAUGUAGAACACUUGAUUCCUAUGUUUUCCAAAGCGUAUUUUAGUGCUUACGUUAUACGAGUUAUAUAAUGCAGAGCUGUGAUGCAAC